AUGUCCCACUUUCAUCAAGGACACAACGUCGAUGACGAAGGAGCGGCCGAACUAAUCCCGGUAGGAGAGGAAGACUACGCACAGUCGGACGAUACGCCGGCAGGGUACGAAGGCGAUGGCCGCCUCAUGGCCACGCGAGACGGCGUCCUUGGAAAACCGAAUGCAGAGUUAAGGGCAAUCUGGCAGCAGUAUUACAUGGACACAAGUGGCAGUGGGAAUGUGCUUCUGAGUGACCACAGCCUCAGACGGGGACUCAGCGGGCUUACAGCAGCUCCUGUCGAGGAAGUUGCCUUUACCUACGAGAAGGGAGAACGUUUGGAUGUUUACGACGACAAGGCCACGUGCAUUGACGUGGCAAUCCACUACAUUACUGGCGCCGACUUCGCCGAGGUCAUUCGACAGGAGAACGAAGGAGUCAUGAGAGGGGCACCAGUCAAAAAGUCACCCACGUGGAAGGCGGCUACGGCAGGCGAUCUCUUGAAAGAAAUCGAGGCUACCGAGGAACUCGAGUUCGACUUCAAGGACAUGACGCCGCACAUUCUCCAGCAGCGUAGAAACAGGCAAGGCAAGCAGGCUGCGAAUAAUGGAGCCGAAUCUAAAUCGAAAGUUAACAUCAAGAGCGAGCGAGUGCACAUAGUGAACGCGGAUUCUCCAAAGCAGCAUUUCGAUUUAGAGUGCCUUUGCAUAGAGCUCCACGGAAAUAGCCUCAUGAAUCUCAUCUACAACUUCCGAACACUAUUGUUGGAGAAAGGAACCAAAGCUCGCCGGAACGCAAACGAGAUUAUCCAGAUUCUCGAAACUAUGGUCGAAGAUGCUCGGCGCUUGCUCUCUUGGAGCCCGAUUAUCGGCCGGAUAGCUCACAGGCUGGCAAUUCAUAAGUCUACCUACACUCGAUACGGCUGUGACAACGGCAAGGCUUUUUGGACCCUCGCCACCAGCCGGGGAAUCGCGCUGACAGUCAAACACAGCGUUUCAUACCUCUCAGAAUUGAAAGCGUCCAAUUCCAAACUGGCCUUUGGCUCGAUCAAACCAAAGGUAAUGCAAAUCGUGGUGCUAUUGCUUUCCCUCCUCAACGACAGCGAUCUCAAGCAACUCGAGAACAUGUUAGAAGAUCAAUACCAACUCAAAGCGGACCGGAAGAGCAUGGAACUUACCAUCAUGAAAGUCUUGACCCUGAGCAGUGUUGGCGCGCCGCUGUUCUUGUCAUCGCUUCUCAGCUCCUUUGACGGGGGUCGUUGUGAUACCCAGAAGUUCAAAGAGAAAUCGCAACGGGUAAUAGCCUGGGACUCUUUUGUGUCGGCUAUUACCAGAGAAGGCUGGAUAUUGCCAGGCUCCCUCAUUAAGAAGAGGCUCAGAGAUGACAAGACAUCCAAUACCAAGGAGCAAUCUUCUUGGAAGGUGAAAUGGGACGAGUACACGGACACGGAAAUCUUUAAUCAUCUCCAAUAUAACGGUGAGAAGAAGGAAGUCAACGACAUUCCACCUCUGAAGCUCCAGUGUAAGGACUUUGAGAUAGAGGAAGUUCUUGCUGAUUUUCGAGACGGGAAAAAGUACGUGGUCGCCUUUAAAGACCUGGAGGGGAUCACGUUGGCCUCUCCAGGCACGUAUCAGCUUUCGGAUCCAGAGUCCGGUGAAAAAAAAGAUCUAAGGGUGGACACGGAAGAUCAGUUUUUCGAGCUCAAAGACUUGUGGAACUCCAUCAGGAAACUCUGUGUUUCCGUGAGUGAGCAUGCACCCCGAGGAGAGAUGCAGCGAAGCUGGAAAGUAGGCAACGCCCUCACUCGAGUGAAACGUUCCAUGCUGGAUGGGAAAGCUCGACCCGCCCGGGCUCCCCCCACGUGUUCCAGAAUCGCGGGAAGAAGAGCCAAAAAUACGACGACCAUCGAGACUUCUGCCUCGGGACAGUGCCAGGAGAUUGCCGUGUGCUGGUUCUUAGAGGGGGGGAAGAUCACAAAGGCUGAGAUGCUUGAGGGCGUCCUGGAAGAUUGGAAUACACUUGACAAGACGGUAAAAGAGUUGAAGAGCUUCUCCGUCUCAACUCGCCGUAAAGUAGCCCAAGGGAAGGACAGGGUGAAGGGUAGCCAGGCCGCUACAGAGGAGACGAAGCUGCUCGACAUGCUCGAUCGCGAGCUUGAACGUAUCAACCAAGAACUCCUCAAAAUGAAUGAGAAGCGCCGACAACUGAGCCAGGAGCCCGACAAGGACGACGAACCCAUCGCUCGCGUGCACUUCCCAAAUCCGGUCCACUACAAGCAGGACAUGCCAUGGCUCUGCUUCCGUAUGAAUCUCGAUAGAGAGGGGGCCGGUCUCGAGGUGUGGGCCGACUUGUACAAGAUUUGCGAGCCGCCCAGAUGGAGGGCCAGCAUGGGUGAGGUGUCUAUCCAACACCUGAAUAAAAGGAGGACACUAGGGGUGGUACCGCUGGACCCAGUCCCCGAAUCGCAGCGUAAGCGCGAAAUCACAAAGCACGACAAAGUACUUCUCCUGGGUGGGCUAGUUGUGGUAAUAAAUCGAAAGGAGAGAGUUGUUAACUACCUCAAACUCACCUCGCUCGAUAUUAUAAAGGACGAUGAUGAAUCGGGGAGAUCGGAGGACGAGUCGGAGGAUGAGAAAUUAAACCCUAUGAUAAAAUUGCUUUAA